GCCCGCUGUAUCUGUCCAUCUCUCAAUUCAAAUCACCCACGUCAACAGAAGUAAUCAGCCACAUUGGCAACUGGAAAUGUGUGAGGGCGGAAGGGCAGCAGCAUCCAUGGCUCGCACGGCGAGCGCGUCCCGGCGACAGCCGGAGACGACCAGCCUCGCCGUGGAUGAGGCCGGAGGCAGGGCGUCGCGGAGGCCGAGAGGAUGGAAAGCCGUCGGGUUCAUGAUCGGGCUCUACCUGGCAAUCGCCAUGGCGUUGAACGCGUUCGCCCAGCCCGUCACCAACUACCUCAUCAAACGUUACAACAUGAAGCCGAAUGCCGCAACAAACGUGGCCAACGUCUUCAGUGGCACCUACAGCUUCUCGCCGGUGGUCGGAGCCUUCGUCGCCGAUGCGUUCUGCGGCAGGUUCUGGACCCUCUUGUUCGGAGCCGUCGCCGCCUUUGUUGCAAUGGUGGUCAUCACGCUAUCGGCGACGAUCCGUCAGCUCAAGCCACCGUCGUGCAGCGACGUGGCACGGCAAGCCGGCACGUGCGCGGGGCCGUCGGGCCUCCACCGCGCCGUGCUCUACAUCGGCAUGGCGCUGCUCGUCGUGGCCACGGGCGGCGCGAACCCGACCAGCCUGCCGUUCGGCGCGGACCAGUUCGACCACGACGACGCGAGCAGCGGCAGCAGCAGCAACGAAGCCGACGAGCGACGACGGCGCGCCGAGGAGCCCGCGGGGCUCAAGCGCUUCUACAACUGGUACUACGUGGUCACCAUGAUGGCCUCGUUCAUGGCGCUCACCUUCAUCGCGUACAUCCAGGACAAGGUGAGCUGGGGCCUCGGCUUCGGCAUCCCCACGGCGCUCGUGGCCGCCACCUUCGCCGUGUUCCUCGCCGGCACGCCGCUGUACGUCCGCGUGCCGGCCGAGGGCAGCAUCUUCUCGAGCGUCGCGCGGGUGGUCGUCGCGUCGUGCCGGAAGCGGAGGCUCACGCUGCCUCACCCGCGCGACGCGCGGCAGCAGGAGGCCGUUCUGUACAAUCCUCCCGUCGUCGUCGCAGCUGGAACGGGAACCAGCCGCGUCUUCAAGCUCCCACUCACGUUGCAGCUGAGCUUUCUGAACAAGGCGGCCAUUGUAACCGCCGACGCCGACGAGAUACGGCCGGACGGAUCUCCGGCGAGGCCGUGGAGCCUGUGCAGCGUGCAGCAGGUGGAGGAGGUGAAGUGCCUCGUCAAGAUCGUCCCCGUGUGGAUCUCCGGCGUGAUGUGGUUCAUCUCGGUGGCGGAGCUGACCAACUACACGUUCCUGCAGGCCCUGACCAUGGACCUCCACAUGGGCAGGAGCUUCACCAUCCCGCCCGUGUCGAUCGCCGCCAUAUUCAACCUCGCCAUCGUGCUCUUCGUGCCGGUCUACGAUCUGCUCGUCGCCCGCGCAGCGCAGCGCGUCACCGGGGUGGAGGGCGGCAUCACGGUGCUGCAGAGGCAGGGCGUCGGCGUGGCGAUCAGCGGCCUGGCGCUCGUGGUCGCGGCCGUCGUCGAGCGCAGGCGCCGGGCCUCCGCCUUGGACAACGGCGGGACGUCGCCGAUGUCGGUGUUCGUGCUCGCGCCGCAGCUCGCCGUGAUGGGCGUCUCGGCGGCGUUCAACAUGAUCGGGCAGAUGGAGUUCUACAACACGGAGUUCCCGGACCAGAUGCGCACGCUCGCCAACGCGGCGUUCUACUGCGCGCAGGGGGCGAGCAGCUACCUGGCCACGGCGGUUGUGAACGUCGUGAACGCGAGGACGAGGCGGCGCGGCGGCGGGCAGGGCUGGGUCGCCGAGGACAUCAACGCCGGGAAGCUGGACCACUUCUACUACGCCAUGGCCGUGUUCGCGGCGAUCAACUUCGUCUACUUCCUCGUCUGCUCCUACUUCUACCGCUACAAGGGCGAGCCAGAGGUGGCGGCCGAGGACUCGCCACCGGCCACUCCAGAGGCCGUCCUCCUGAAGCACUAGCCAGUAGCUAGCAAGAUUGGUUACGGUAGAUCACUCUAUGAUCAAUUAAUUCGAUUUAUUAUUGGUGUGAUUAAUAAUAAAGUUGCCACUACUGGACGCAUCGCGUUUACGGCCCAUAUAAAAAAAAGCCCAUACAACCUGUCACGUGCCUGACAUGGCUACCCAGUAGUCCCAGUACCCACAAAUGGACCGCUUAUAUGAGCCGCAAAGGCCGUGAUCGAACGGCUAUCAGAUGCCUUGUAUGAUGAUACUAUGAUCUGAUGAGUACUUCGUAGUCUGCUGUACGAUGGAGGCAUGGAGCUGAAGGGGAUCGACUUCCUGUGUUCGAUCUGGGACGCAUAAGCUUGAUCGAACCGUAGCCAUAUAUCCCAAGAGGGUUCGGAGAUUUACUCUCCGAAUCCUCAAACCAGCAAUAAUAUCGUGACUGACCGAGCCGGAGGCUGUGGCCCUGAAUAAUUUUCCGUUUAUCUGGGCCGCAAAUGGCAUGAUCCAACGGCUGUCAGAUGUCCCAAGGAGGGUCGGAGUUUGAAACGAUGACCCCAAGAACACCAUCUGAAAAACGACAGAUGCAAGGACUUCACUGGUGAGUAAUGAGGAUGCAUGCGAGAUUUACUUCACAUCAUAAAUGGCAUGCAUGAUCUGAAUAUCUCUGAUGAUAAGAUGAUGAUCGAGUACGGGUCAGCUCGUUGGAUGGCGGAUGGCCUCGCCGGCGCCGACCACGAAGGGACAUCGUGGACGUGCACGAUGGCCGCCGGCGGCAUCUCUUGCUGCUCCGCCGGCGUGGACGGCGCCGACGCCGAUUGGUUGCAGUCUGCAGUCGUCCGCGUCCGCGGUGAUUAAGUUUAGUAAUGAAGAUGCUCUUGCAAGAUCGAUCAGAAUGAUGAGAGCUGGCCGCAUCCCGGCCGUCCAUGCUGAGGUACGGUGCACCCAACGGCGUC